GCAAAUGGCCAAAUCUACACUCCUACAAGCAUCGCAGAACUGUCGAUUAAAAAACAUUAAAAGGCCUCGAAUUCGAUUUUUUCGUCUGCUCCUGCACUUUUCUACGCCUUGCGCAAAUUUUGGAGUUUUUUAAAAAUAUUCCGAAAACAGCCCGUUUUCUUUGAGGCCAGUGCACGUGCGUUUGUAUAAUACUUGUACAGCGAGAGUUCAGAAGCUCGCUCAGUAUUGACAGAAUCCACCGAGACGUUCACACCUUGUUUCUAACCUCAAACAAUUGUUAUAAACUUUAACAUCAUUGCUUUGUGAAUGAUCAAUCAUGAAUGAAAGUGACGUUUCUGUGACUGUUAAUGGCGCUCAAGUAUGCCAGAAUAAAGGGGAAGAGAGUGUGCAAGAUACGUGUUGUUCACAAACACUAACGAUGAAAGGAGUAACUGCAACCGUUAGUGACUCGCAAAGUUUUAAAGUAGAUAAAAAGAGUGAACUUGUUGAAAACAGUUCUGAGCAGAUGGAAAAGAAGGACGAGGAUUUAGUGGUUGUUGUGAAAGCAAAACCUGUACGUAAAGUUUACAAGGCUCCUACCAGGGUCAACAAAAUCCCACAAGAGAUAUUAAAUGAUCCCCUGAUAAAAGAAGCGAUGUCUGGACUGCCAUCUAAUUAUAAUUUUGAAAUACCAAAAACCAUUUGGAGAAUACGAGAGACUAAGGCUAAACGAGUGGCUUUACAAAUGCCUGAAGGCUUGCUCUUGUUUGCCCCCAUGAUAAGUGAUAUAAUACAGACAUUUACUGAGGCUGAUACUGUUAUUAUGGGCGAUGUUACUUAUGGUGCCUGUUGUGUCGACGAUUAUAGUGCAAGAGCUUUAGGUGCAGAUUUAUUGAUUCAUUAUGGCCACUCGUGCUUAAUUCCAAUUGAUAGAACAAGCGGUAUUAAAUUACUGUACAUAUUUGUCGACAUAAAGAUUGACACAGCUCACUGUGUAGAAACAAUAAAAUUCAACUUCCCAGUUACAACUAGAUUAGGAUUAGUUAGCACAAUUCAAUUUGCCAGCACUUUGCAAGCUAUUGCUAAUGAAUUAAGAAAGGAUGGAUAUAGUGUUACGAUUCCUCAGAGUAAACCACUUAGCCCAGGAGAGAUUUUAGGUUGCACAGCUCCACAAAUAAAAGAUGUAGACAUCCUUGUAUAUAUUGGUGAUGGAAGGUUUCAUCUAGAAGCUGCAAUGAUUUCAAAUCCAAAUUUGACUGCUUAUCGUUAUGAUCCAUAUGAGAAGAAAAUCACAAUAGAAAAAUAUGAUCAUGUUCAAAUGUUAGCAAAUAGGAAAGAUGCAAUAACAAGAGCAAAGGAUGCUAAAAUAUUUGGACUUAUUCUUGGUACUCUUGGACGCCAAGGAAGUCCAACAGUACUAAAAACACUAGAAAAUAGAAUAAAGUCAUUGAAGAAACAGUGCAUAAUCAUACUUGCUCCAGAAAUUUUUCCGGACAAGUUAAGGCUUUUCAAAAGUAUCGAUGCCUUUAUACAAGUUGCGUGUCCAAGGCUCAGUAUAGAUUGGGGAACUCAGUUUGAUAAGCCACUCCUUACACCCUACGAAGCGGCAGUGGCCUUAAAAAUGGCAGAAUUGGACGAAACAAAGCCUUAUCCCAUGGACUUCUAUGCAUCUGCAAGUUUGGGACCAUGGACUCCAAAUCACAAACCUAGCGAGCUCGAGAAACAAAAUGAAUUUUGCUGUGGCAAGUGCAAGGAUGAAAAGAACAUCAAUAAACCAUGUAGAUAGUGAGACUAAUUUUAUACAUUGUACUAUUUAAUGAAAGUGAAUAGUUUUAAAAAAUUCUAAACGGAAAUCUGUAUAUAAUGGAGGUAUGUGAAUAAAAAUUUAUUAUUUUAUUAAA